CCAUCCUGCGUCCAGCUUUUCCCGAUUUUUUUAAUCACAUUCCACUGAUCUUGAAGACAAGCACUGGUUGUUUUGCAACCUCACCCUCUUUGAUUUCCACGAUUACUGGACUGUGUAGUUUCUAUCAUCACGGCCCAGUACGACUUACAGCGAUGUCAAAACAGAUAGUCCUGGCCAUCUGCUUGCUCUUUGAACACAAAGGAAGAUCAUGUUCUAGAGCUGCGCAUUCGUGAAACCAGAUUGUGCACAACUGGAGUCAGAGCUACCCCAUAAGAUCAUCCACGUUGACAGAACGCGCCUGUUCCAUGAAAGUAAACGAUUUGUCAUCCCGUUUUAAACAUCAAUUUUCUGUGGAGACUUCGUAUCCAUUUACUAAGCUAUCAAAUAUGCAAGACUUUACAACGCCGCAUUUGACACAACCACUGAACAUUGAUACAUCAGUUAAGUGCUCUGGUGGACUUAGUCUUAAUCAUGCAUCGCAACAAGACUGCGGUUUUGAACUUGAUAAGAAGUUUCUACAACCAUCAAUCGAUGAUCUUUCGUAUUAUGGAAAUCCAAUGAUGAACCUAACAUAUCCUGCCGUUUUCGGCCCCGUGGAAACGAACUAUUCAGUCGCAGCUCCUCAAACAUUGCACCACAUAGAAGCGGCUUCAAGUGCCAAAUGUUACACUACACUAUUUCCGCACGGAACUGUAUCUGUCCCUAGUCAGUAUUACGGUACUGCCGAUUAUACAAAAUGUCCGUGUAACAACGGUUUAACUUCCAUUGCUACAGCUCCCCUUACCGAAUGCCAUCAAAAUGCGACCGAUUUCUCACAAAGAGCGGGUGCAGUUUGGCAAACGCCGCAAAUGCUGAAACCUGCAGAAUCCGUCUAUGUGGCUCAGCUGCCUUCGAAUCUAGAAGUCAUGGGGCACGGAGGUAAUGGAACAGAAGCAGAGCAAAGGACUUGUCAUACAGAAAGUAAUUGUCUUAUCGAAAAUGGAAGCUUGUCGUUUUACCAUAGGGAGUUGACAAGCGAAACCCCUGUGGCCCAUUCAGGCAUACACAAUGGCAGUGGCGUCGACUUGUUAGUUACUAAUUUGGACUACAACAUUAGUGCAAAGGAGUGGCGCAAAAUAUUAUUUACGCACUUGCAAGCUAUAAUCAAAAACGUUCAAUCAGUCGUGCUCCAAACCCAAGCUGAUGGCAGUACCUGUGCCAUUGUAAGGGUCGGAAGUGUGGAAGAGGCGCGGCUUGCCAUUUCGCAAUUCCACCGGAAGAAAAUUGGAUACAAGCGUAUUCAAAUGAAUAUUAUGCCCAGUACUCCAUCUUUUGGGGCAAGAGGCUUUAAAAUGGAGGCGGUUUCUCUGCUACGAUCCGUAGCUGGCAACAUGCUCCCGGUUUGCAAGUUCAUCGACAUUUUCGAAAAACGUUUCCAUCGGAGUAUAAGCGUCUCCGACAUUUACAAAAUGAGGGAUAUCCUAGAAAUCAGAGAUCAACCUGGAACAAAAGGGGGUCGCGUGGUAUACCUGAACCCGCGCGCUUCGCGGUUUGAUUACAUAGAGACAACAUUUAUCACAGAACCAGUGGUAUGCCAGCGUCACUGUUUGGAAGGAAGCAUGGAAUAUUUACAAGCCAUGGAUGGCGCAAUGCUUCCGUCCGUCAAAAUUUCUCUCGGCGUCUUCCGUCAGCAAGUGUUGACUAUCCUACGGGACCAUGGAGGGUCAAUGCCGCUGCUCAGCUUUCCGGCCUGUUACAAGGCAGAGUUCGACGAUUUUGUCAUAGUGCCCCCGCAGCUAUCGAACAAACGAUCCGACACCCCACCCACAACUUUCGGUCAACCAGAGGCAAACGAAGAUGAUGCUGGACCAAACCACGAAUUCUUCAGUUCUCACCCAGAGCAGGAAACCAGCACCAAGUCGAAAAGCUGGUCCGAAAAUCGUACCGAUUACGAAUUUACCGCCCCACUUGAACACCUGAUUACCUGUGUUCCAUACGUUCGUGUGCACACGGAGAUGAACGGAGUCAGAAGAAUUGUAUAUAGCCCCGAUCAGUCCCCUACCGCAGCUUUCCCUAAUUGUCCGACCGGACAAAGACCUAUUGAAGGCGGAAGACAAUCUGCUGAUGUGCCAACCACAAUCCAGUCUAACUACGUGCCUUUGACCAUUGGGGUCUCCUGCACGAACUCAUCAACUAGCGCGGUGGGUAUCCUACAGGAUCAGCUGCAUCAGUUCAGUCGAGAAGUGGUUGACCUCCUCAAACACCAACCAGAAUGCCAGAUCCUGUUGAGCAAGUUCAUUCCCAGUUAUCAUCAUCACUUCGGCAAACAAUGCCGUGUGGCCGACUAUGGUUACUCCAAGCUGCACGAGUUAAUAGAAGCGCUACCGCAUGUCGUGCAUGUGAUGGGGACAGGCCACGCACGUUUACUCACCUUGUCGCAUCGCGUGCAAGUGCGUCGUUUCACGAAUGAGCUCAUAAAAGUUCUCAAAUCCCAAUCCACGAAAUCCUGUCGACUGGCGGAUUACGCAUCUUUGUUUAAAAGAAUUUACAGAAAGGAUUUUCGGAUCAGAGACUAUGGGGUUUGUUAUUUGACUGAUAUGCUUAUGGAAGUGCCGGACAACGCAGUGGAAACUUUGAAACUUGGGUCCGAGUACAUUAUCUCCCUACCAAAACGGAUGCAGACGACGGAAGAAAGGGAACGCACAGAACUGUUCGCAGUUGAGGUUGCGGAGCUACUUGGCCAAACGCCGCGGUGUCGCUUACUUUUUAGCAAAUUCAUCCCUUCAUAUCACCAUCACUUCAGUCGACAGUGCCGUGUGGCUGAUUACGGGUUCACUAAAUUAAUAGACUUGCUGGAGGCGGUUCCACAUGUGAUCCAAAUCAUGGAGGAUAACGGUGAAAAAUAUGUCACGCUGGUUCGGCAACGUCACCUGCAGAUAGUGGCUGACCAGUUAGUAGCUAUGUUGGAAGUGACUCCGGGCAAGCGCAUAUUGCUCAAUGAAUUACUCACCGAAUACCUGAAGCAUCGAGGUUAUGCUCUAUCCCUGGAAGAUUUCGGAUUUCAAACAGUACAAGAGCUUGUCUCCCAGUUGCCAAAGCUGCUGCGCAUAGAAUGCGUUUCUGAUGCAGAUGCGCCACCAGUAAUUUCGAGUUUACCGAAUAAUGAUGGACUGAUGAAAGACAACGCCGGCGAACCUACCGAUUUACUACGUCCAACCUCAGUUAUCCAGUCAGAUUCAGUUGAGCGUGACACUCCUCAAGGCAACACCGAAUCGGAACAGGUACCCAUUGGUGAAAGCGAUCAAACCAGAGUACUCGAGUUCGUUUCGUUAGCCGACCGAACACACAUCAAGCACUUGACGCACAAGGUUUUGCUUAUCCUUUUGGAGGUGCCAACUGGCGCACUAUCGAUUUCUUCCUUUUCUGAACGCUUCCGGUGCACGUUCCGCGACGAACCAAAUAUACGGCUUGUGUACGAAGAGUUGGGCGAUGUUAUUGAGUUUCGUGGAAACAUGUCCUGGACUUCCGGCAAAGGAUCAUUCGGGACACACGACACCUGGAACAAAAGUUUUCUUGGCCUUUCCUUCACCUCGGGUUCUUUGAGCUCACUAAGCUCAGAGAAACCAAAUGUGCGCACCACGCCGUCCAAAGUGCCUGAAAGAUCGGAGCUCAGUUCAAAAGAUGUAAAUUCGAUAAGAGCGUGUAGUUCUGAUUCACCAAGUACCAGUACCGCUUUCCUCGAAGAAUCACACACUAUCAUCGCCUUGAAACCCCUAAUUUUAUUCGCACGAGAACUACGUGAUAUACUACGGCAAAGCCAGGGUAAGCUCUCGUUGGCGCAACUGUGCAAUGCCUACCAGAGACGUUUCGGGAUUCCUUUGCGACCACAAAGGUACAACUAUCCAUCACUCAGUUCGUUGGUUCAAGCAGUUGAUUUUGUCGCGGUGAUGCGUGGACGUGGGGUCCGUUCAACGCUCGUUCUUUGUCAAGACUUUUUAGGUAAACUAUCACACCGUGUCGCAUACAGCAACAGGCCUUUGCUAGAGUCUGACAUGGUUGCAAUUCCACGCCAGGGGAUGGAACCACACGGCAAUCCAGGCGCAGGAGAGGAGAAUACAGGCAGAAAGCUGGAGUGGGCACAAAGUUCCAAUGCGCGUCAUUCGAAUCGGAUUAACUCUCUUGCUUUUAACGAAGCAACCUCAGAUGACUUUGUUAUGACCUCAGGAGCUAUACCUUUUGAAACGCCACAGCGUCACUUUUCGAUGGAACCUUUCCCUCCGGAGUCUUAUGAUAUUCCUAAUCCUAGCUGUCUUCGGCUGCGGAACUAUUCCUGCGUUCCUGCCUUCAGUCAGUGUAACCCGUAUGCUCCCCCCAUAACAAGCUCUCAAAUUGCAUCGAGCCAUUAUAACUGCUGUCAAGUUCCGCAUCCUCAGCAGUCUUCCGGUUCACAGUCAAUGUAUCCUAACAGACCGAGCUACAGUACCCCAAUGGUCCUCGCUCCGCAGGGCACCCUAAAUUAUCUUCAACCAACCAAUGAAUUUGUUUCAACUGGGCUGUCCCCACAAACUGCAUAUCGUGCGAAUUCCUCUGCAGUGUACGCACCGUCAGUAUUUCCAACUCCAACGUCACAAAGUGAGUCACUUACGACGCUUCCCAGUGGUUCGGCAGUGCAGCCUGACCCACGCAUUAUUGGCCCUGGAAGUGAAAUUUCCAGUGAAGGACUACCCUACUCGAAUUCCCUGUUCACCAAUCCAUCUCUAAGUCAAUUUCAACUGAGUCUCAGCUGCUCAUCUACUAUGAAUCAAACAGGUUCGCAAGCCCAGUGUGCAGCGCAACCUCCACUUAUCUCAGGACUCACUCACAGUAUAUAUCCAAAACCUGGCACAGCUGCACCAUCCUACGGACCGAAUCCUGUUUGUCUUAGUGUCACCUCCGAUAGUAUCUCAUAUAAACAGCCGCCUAAAACCCUGUCUAAUCAUGCUGCAUCAAGCACCUGUCAAUAUAGUUUGUCUUCCGAUGGGUACCAACAACUGGACGCUCUGGUUGAACGUCUAACAUCUGGGGGGUCGGCCACCGUUUCCAAUGGAGAUUUUAUUCAGGGAAAAACCAAAGGAAAUGAACAAAACAAGCAACAAAUAUCCAGUUCCAUGCUGCCUACUGAAAGUGACAACAGUAGCCACUCAACUCAACUCAAGCAACACUUCUAUUUUUCCGGCCACAGAGCUUCCCUCUUCGAUUACCCUACGACAUCGCAAUACCAGGCACCUUUGAUGUCUUCUGUGCCCAACAGCAUAAACGGUUCUUUACCAUAUUGGACAGGGAGCCCCUUUAAUGGAGUUGGUGCGCCAAUGGCCGUGACUUCUGAUAAUUAUUCGCUUUGUAGCACUAAUGCAGUGAAUACUAGCUAUUCUGGUGCUUCUGUUGGAAGCUUCAUUCCUUUGUUAAAUCAGGAGGGCAAAGAUUGUGGAGGGGGAAAGCAAGGAGCACUCGAAUCUGGAUCUGCAACAGUCAUGCAUUAUGCUCUGGCCAACAAAACACAAGCUGAGCCUCCACGGGAAUUCGACGGUCAUAUGCCGACCCAGCAACUCAUGGUAAACAUGCCACGUCAAUGCUGCAAUGCAGUCAGUUCAACAAAUCAGAGUUCUCUGUGUGCUAACACACGUGAGCAUAUGGGUAGUGUCCGUGGACCUGGUGAGGAAGUUAACCUUGGAUGCACUUUUCCUCGCUCAGAAACUAGUAAAACUCCGUGUCACCCUAACGCAGCCCUGGAUAUUCACCAUAAUGAAUCAGCUUCAAUCUAUACCUCAGUCGAUGGUGAUGGAGUGAAGGCUAGUGGCAGCGUUACGCCGAAAAACAGCGAGGCACUUGCGGUGCCCCAUCCUCCGGAUACCACUGUUCACAUAGAUCCGAUGCAACCGCAAGCUAAUCGGUCGUAUGCGAUGUCCCUACGAUCGGAAGAGUCCUCCGAAAGUUUUACCAUAGACGGAUUGUUGGCGGAGCUGAAGUUGGAAGAAAGACAAGAGGAGCCACACCAGCAGAAACAGGAGCAGGAGGAUAAUGAACAGUCGCAAUGUAGUGAAUGCGUCAGUGAGCCAAAGCAGAAUAUACUAUUGGACAACCUCACCCAUCUUUAAUCACUUGUACUGUUUCGUACGCCCUAACGUGUAAUAUCCCCGCUCAUGGAUAGAAAGACAGACGCGCCAUGUUUUCUACGCUCAACCUCCAUUCGAGAACAGCAUGAACACCACGGUCUCGCGAGAACCGAUCUCGCCCAUCCUUUAAAUGUGCUGAACACUGGGCUGGUCAUGUGUUACCUACUCUCAUGAGGAUUAUGCAGCUGUAAAUUCCCUUUGAUAAUCAACUGCAGUUCAUUCUUCAAUCUCCUCCUCCUCCUCCUCCUCAACAUUGGACUAGAGGAGUAACUCGUCAUUAAGUACCACCGUUGUGUGCACACGGCGGAUUCCAAUGGCUCGCUCACCCAUGAACACUGAUACGCAUGUCUGCUGCAAGCUGAGAAGCCGCAGCGCUUCAUCAAAGCGAUGUAUUGAAGUGCUCACGACGCUCCUAUGCACCUGCGUACAAAGUGAGCUCAGCACACUAGCUCUGGUUAUGCUGCACAGUAUAUGCAUUUCUGUUGGUACAAAAGAUGAUGACAAAUCUUUUGUUUACAAUAAAAAUGGUUGCACCAUUC